GCCCCCGCGCCCCGGAUAUGCUGGGGCAGCCCGCGCUUCUAGAACGUUUUGCGUCCCGGCGCUGGCAGGUACUCGCGGUCCGCAGCGUUUGCGACUUGGUUCUUGGAAAAAUGGACGAGACCUGCGACCUGAAACGCACCACGCUGGACAGCCCUUUGGGGAAGCUGGAGCUGUCUGGUUGUGAGCAGGGUCUGCACGAAAUCCGCUUCCUGGGCCGGGGGACGCCCGCGGCUGAUGCCGUGGAGGCCCCAGCCCCUGCUGACGUUCCCAGCGGUCCCGAGCCCCUGAAGCAGUGCGCAGCCUGGCUGAACGCCUACUUCCAGCAGCCCGAGGCCAUCGAGGAGCUCCCCGUGCCGGCUCUUCACCACCCCGUAUUCCAGCAAGAGUCGUUCACCAGGCAGGUGUUAUGUGAGCUGCUGAAGGCUGUGAAAUUCGGAGAAGUGGUUUCCUACCAGCAAUUAGCAGCCCUGGCAGGCAACCCCAAAGCCGCACGAGCAGUGGGAGGAGCGAUGAGAAGCAACCCUGUCCCCGUCCUCAUCCCGUGCCACAGAGUGGUCUGCAGCAGCGGAGCCGUGGGCAACUACUCCGGAGGACUGGCGGUGAAGGAAUGGCUUCUGGCCCACGAAGGCCACCGGGUGGGGAAGCCAGCCUUGGGAGGGAGCUCGGGUCGGGCAGGGGCCUGGCUCAGGGCAGUGGGGCCCACCUCGGGCUCCCCGCCUGCUGGCCCCAAAUGAGUGACGCUGGAGCGACCCACACAUGUAACACUGCGUCGGACGUAGGGUGUGGGGACGCAGCUGUAUUAAAGGAGGUGACUGUUUCCUGGG